AUGUUCAUCAACACAGGGCUAGUGGUUGAUGGUGGUGGAGUGAAGAAUGGAAUAGAAGGCAUAGUUGUAGGAAUAUUGAUAGAUGGAAAGGAAGGCAUUGUGGUGGGAAUGGUUGGGAGUGAUGCUGGCAAAGGAGGCAGUGUCACCUUGGGGAUUGUAGUAGGCAUAGUUGGUAGAGACGGUAUUGUUGGAAGAGAGGUAGUUGGCAUUGGUGGCAGUGCUGCUGCUUUGGGAAGGCUUGGCAUUGCAGGAAGUGGAGGUAAUGUGACCUUAGGCAGAGUCGGCAUGGUUGGCAGUGUUGGAAUAGUUGGCAUCGUCGGUAAUGUUGGAAUAGCUGGCACUGUUGGCUGUGAAGAUUGCAUCAAGUGGCGUGCUGCAAAGCUCACCUCCAAGCUUGAAAUCGAUAGGGCUAGGACGAAAGCUAGGACAAGGUUGUGGUUGAAAGCAGCCAUCUUUGAUGUUACUGUCAUUACAUGGAACAUUUUAAGAUAA